AGGGUUCGUUCCCUCCCCCCCGCCCCCUCGCUCAGCCAAGAUGGCGCAGCAAGUCAACAUCUCGGAGCUGUCCCUGCCUCAGCUGGAGGUGCUGAAGAGCCAGCUGGACCAGGAAGUGGAGUUCCUUUCUUCAUCCAUUGCUCAGCUGAAGGUGGUGCAGACAAAAUACGUGGAAGCAAAGGACUGUCUGGCUGUAUUGAAUAAAAGCAAUGAAGGUAAAGAGCUGCUUGUCCCACUCUCCAGUUCAAUGUAUGUCCCUGGAAAGCUCUCUGACGUUGGUCAGGUACUAAUAGAUGUGGGGACUGGUUACUAUGUAGAAAAGUCUGUGGAAGAUGCCAAAGACUUCUUCAAGAGGAAGAUCGAUUUCCUGACGAAACAGAUGGAGAAGAUCCAACCAGCGCUGCAGGAGAAACACGCAAUGAAGCAAGCUGUGGUGGAGAUGAUGAGUCAGAAGAUUCAGCAGCUCACAGCAGUGGGGGCUGCCCAGACAACAGCAACAAAGGCCUAGCAAGCACCAAGCCACACAUGUGCCCCCGUGCACUUUAGGGUUCAUCAUUUUGUGACAUAACCCCUCAGGGAGCGGCACUCCCAACUACCCCUGCAGAGGAGGGAACGGGGGUGGGGAGGUGCUUGCUGCUUGAACACAAGUGGAAUUCUAGUAUUCAAAGCUUUUCCGGGGUUAACUUCACCAAGACCCCAUCUGUUCAAUGCAGCUGGCUUUCAAGUAGCUCUUUGGAUGCGUGUUGUGUUUCCAGCUGUAAUGUGGGGUGGUUUUUUUAUUUUUAGUCCCUUGGGGAAAACUUGAAAAUUGAAUUGUACAAAAUAAACAAGUGGGUAUUACAGACCAAA